AUGCCCCAAUCCACCGAGGAGGUUGCGCUCCCCUCCAGCCCUCUGGCUGGAGGCGCCGUGGCCUACAAUCAGAUCAACAAGGAAUUGCAACCGCUUCCUCCUAUGGAGGCUCACAAUGGAGCCGUGAUUGCUCCCGCAUCCUCUCCCACCCGUGACAGCAACGGAAGGAUGAUGUCCCUUGAGCUCGAGGAUGGCACAGUCUACCAGGGCUACAGCUUUGGUGCUGAGAAGAGCGUUGCUGGUGAACUGGUCUUCCAGACUGGUAUGGUAGGAUACCCCGAGUCGGUCACCGACCCUUCCUACCGGGGCCAAAUCCUGGUCAUCACAUUCCCCCUGGUCGGUAACUACGGUGUUCCGUCUCGGGAGACCAUGGAUGAGCUCCUGAAGACUUUGCCCAAGUACUUCGAGUCGACUGAGAUUCACGUGGCGGCUUUGGUUGUCGCAACCUAUGCCGGAGAAGAUUACUCUCACUUCCUGGCUCAGUCUUCCCUUGGUCAAUGGCUGAAGGAACAGGGCGUCCCCGCCAUGCACGGUGUUGACACGCGUGCUCUCACGAAGCGCAUUCGUGAGAAGGGUAGCAUGCUUGGUCGUAUGCUGCUCCAGAAGUCCGAAUUCGUCGACAGCGCUACCGAAGUGCCCACGGAGAAGGAUAGCUGGCGACCCUUCUUCGAGGAGACGGAGUGGGUUGACCCCAACAAGAAGAACCUUGUUGCUGAGGUAUCCAUCAAGGAGCCUAAGCUGUUCUCUCCCCCCGAGGAUAUUGCCCUGAAGCACCCUUCCGGACGUCCGGUCCGUGUUCUGUGCUUGGACGUCGGUCUCAAGUUCAACCAGCUGCGCUGUUUGCUUGCCCGCGGAGUCGAGGUCCUUGUCGUCCCCUGGGACUACGAUUUCCCUACCCUUGCCGGAAAGGAUUAUGACGGUCUUUUCGUUUCCAACGGUCCUGGUGACCCCGCUACUCUUACUACCACCGUCAACAACCUUGCUAAGACCAUGAAGGAGGCCCGCACUCCCGUGUUCGGUAUCUGCUUGGGACAUCAGUUGAUUGCCCGCUCUGUUGGUUGCCAAACCCAGAAGAUGAAGUUCGGUAACCGUGGUCACAACAUUCCUUGCACCAGCAUGGUCUCCGGCAAGUGCCACAUCACUUCUCAGAACCACGGUUUUGCUGUGGAUUCGACCACCCUUCCUGAGGGCUGGGAGGAACUUUUCGUGAACGCCAACGAUGGUAGCAACGAAGGUAUCCGCCAUGUCAACCGUCCAUUCUUCAGUGUCCAGUUCCACCCCGAGAGCACACCCGGACCUCGGGACACCGAGUUCCUCUUCGACGUCUUCAUCAACACCGUCAAGGACACUAUUGCCUCGCCUGAGGCUCUCACCAAGGCUGUUUCCUUCCCCGGUGGCGCCAUCGAGGACAACGUCAAGGCAUCUCCUCGUGUCUCCGUCAAGAAGGUCCUUAUCUUGGGUAGUGGUGGUCUGAGCAUUGGACAGGCUGGUGAGUUUGACUAUUCCGGUAGUCAGGCCAUCAAGGCCCUGAAGGAAGAAGGAAUCUACACCAUUCUCAUCAACCCCAACAUCGCCACCAUCCAGACCUCGAAGGGUCUUGCUGACAAGGUCUACUUCCUCCCUGUCAAUGCCGAUUUCGUGCGCAAGGUUAUCAAGCACGAGAGACCCGAUGCUAUUUACGUCACUUUCGGUGGUCAGACUGCGCUGCAAGUCGGUAUCCAACUCAAGGAUGAGUUCGAGUCUCUGGGCGUCAAGGUCCUCGGUACCCCUAUUGACACCAUCAUCACCACCGAGGAUCGUGAGCUCUUUGCUCGCAGCAUGGACUCCAUUGGCGAGAAGUGUGCCAAGUCCGCCUCUGCUUCCAACUUGGAAGAGGCUCUCAGCGUGGUUGAGAGCAUCGGCUUCCCUGUCAUCGUUCGUGCUGCCUAUGCCCUCGGCGGUCUUGGCAGUGGUUUCGCCGAUAACAUGGAGGAGCUGAAGGAGCUUUGCACCAAAGCCUUUGCUGCCAGUCCUCAGGUUCUUAUUGAGCGGAGUAUGAAGGGCUGGAAGGAAAUCGAGUACGAAGUUGUUCGUGAUUGCAGGGACAACUGUAUCACCGUCUGUAACAUGGAGAACUUUGAUCCUCUGGGUAUCCAUACCGGUGAUUCCAUUGUUGUCGCUCCUUCCCAGACCCUCUCGGACGAGGACUACAACAUGCUGCGUACAACUGCAGUCAACGUCAUCCGUCACCUCGGCGUUGUUGGUGAAUGUAACAUCCAGUAUGCCCUCAACCCCUUCUCGAAGGAGUACUGCAUUAUUGAGGUCAACGCUCGUCUCUCGAGAUCUUCGGCCCUUGCUUCUAAGGCCACUGGAUAUCCCCUUGCCUUCAUUGCGGCCAAGUUGGGUCUCAACAUUCCUCUCAAUGAGAUCAAGAACUCUGUCACCAAGGUCACUUGCGCUUGCUUUGAGCCUUCGCUGGAUUACUGCGUUGUCAAGAUCCCUCGCUGGGAUCUGAAGAAGUUCACCCGCGUCUCCACUCAGCUUGGAUCCUCCAUGAAGAGUGUUGGUGAAGUCAUGAGCAUCGGAAGAACCUUCGAGGAAGCGAUUCAGAAGGCCAUUCGCUCCGUUGACUUCCAUAACAUGGGUUUCAACGAGACGAACGCUCUCAUGUCCAUCAAGGGCGAGCUGCAGACGCCCUCUGACCAGCGUCUGUUCGCGAUUGCCAACGCCAUGGCUGCUGGCUACAGUGUUGAUGAAAUCUGGAAGCUCACCUCGAUUGACAAGUGGUUCCUGAGCAGACUCAAGGGUCUCAGCGAUCUCGGAAAACUUAUGACCUCGUACAAUGCUACCACUGUGCCUAGACCCCUGAUCAAGCGCGCCAAGCAGCUUGGUUUCUCCGAUCGUCAGCUGGCUAAGUUUUUGAGCUCCAACGAGCUCGCUGUCAGACGUCUACGUGUGGAGUCUGGCAUCGUUCCGAUCGUCAAGCAGAUCGAUACUGUCGCUGCCGAGUUCCCCUCGUUCACCAACUAUCUGUAUCUCACUUACAAUGCUUCUGAGCAUGACGUGAACUUCAACGACAAUGGUAUCAUGGUUCUCGGCUCGGGUGUCUACCGCAUUGGUUCCUCUGUCGAGUUCGAUUGGUGCUCUGUGCGUACCAUUCGUACCUUGCGCGAACAGGGCCACAAGACUGUUAUGGUCAACUACAACCCCGAAACUGUCAGUACCGAUUAUGAUGAGGCCGAUCGUCUGUACUUCGAGAACAUCAACCUUGAGACCGUUCUGGAUAUUUACCAGUUGGAAUCCUCCAGCGGUGUCAUCAUCUCCAUGGGUGGUCAGACUCCGAACAACAUCGCUCUGCCUCUCCACCGCUUGAACGUCAAGAUCCUCGGUACUUCUCCUGAGAUGAUUGAUGGUGCUGAGAACCGUUACAAGUUCUCUCGCAUGCUGGACCGUAUCGGCGUCGAUCAGCCAGCCUGGAAGGAAUUGACUAGCAUCGAUGAGGCUACUGAGUUCUGUAACAAGGUCGGCUACCCCGUGCUUGUGCGUCCCUCUUACGUGCUGUCGGGUGCGGCCAUGAACACUGUCUACUCUGAGCAUGAUCUGGCCAGCUACCUCAACCAGGCUGCUGAUGUCUCGCGCGAGCACCCCGUCGUUAUCACCAAGUACAUUGAGAACGCAAAGGAGAUCGAGAUGGAUGCUGUCGCUCGUAACGGUGUUAUGGUCGGACACUUCAUCUCCGAGCACGUUGAGAACGCCGGUGUUCACUCUGGUGACGCUACCUUGAUCCUGCCUCCUCAGGACUUGGACCCUGAAACCGUCCGCCGCAUUGAAGAGGCCACCAGAAAGAUUGGUAAUGCUCUCAAUGUCACCGGUCCUUACAACAUCCAGUUCAUUGCCAAGGACAACGAUAUCAAGGUCAUCGAGUGCAAUGUGAGAGCUUCCCGCUCUUUCCCCUUCGUGUCCAAGACUAUGGGUGUCGACCUCAUCGAGAUGGCCACCAAGGCCAUGAUCGGAGUGCCCUUCGCCGAGUAUCCUCCUGUCUCCAUUCCUAAGGACUACGUCGGUGUGAAGGUUCCUCAAUUCUCCUUCUCUCGCCUCUCUGGUGCCGACCCUGUUCUGGGUGUUGAGAUGGCCUCGACCGGUGAAGUCGCUUCUUUCGGACGUGACAAGUAUGAGGCCUACCUCAAGGGCUUGAUUUCCACUGGUUUCCGUCUUCCCAAGCGCAACAUUCUCUUCUCCAUUGGUUCCUACAAGGAGAAGAUGGAGAUGCUCCCCUCCAUUCGCAAGCUUCACCAGUUGCAGUACAACCUGUUUGCCACCGCUGGUACUGCUGAUUUCCUCAAGGAGAACGGCAUUCCCUGCAAGUUCCUUGAAAUCCUGCCUGGUGAAGAGGAAGACAUCAAGUCCGAGUACUCUCUCACUCAGCACUUGGCCAACAACCUCAUCGAUCUGUACAUCAACUUGCCGUCGAACAACCGUUUCAGACGUCCUGCCAACUACAUGAGUAAGGGUUACCGUACUCGUCGUAUGGCCGUUGACUACCAGACUCCUCUGGUCACCAACGUCAAGAACGCCAAGAUCCUGAUCGAGGCCAUUGCUCGCCACUACGACCUCGCUGUCCGAACUCUGGAUUACCAGACCAGCCACCGCACUAUCAUCCUUCCCGGCUUGAUUAACGUUGCUGCUUUUGUUCCUGGCCUGGUCACUCCCGGCUCCGCCGACUUCGAGCUCAUGACCAAGGCUUCCAUUGCCUCCGGUUUCAGCAUGGUGCGCAUCAUGCCCGUGGGUGUUGAUGCCUCGGUUACCGAAGCGGCCGCGCUCAAGGUUGUCCAGAAGAACGCCCAGAAGGGUGCCUUCUGUGACUUCAACUUCUCUGUUUCGGCGACUUCGACCAACGCUGACCAGAUCGGCCAGUUGACUGGAGAUGUCGGUGCUCUCUUCAUUCCCUUCAACCACCUUUCCGGUAACAUCAGCAAGGUCGCUGCUGUCACUAGCCACUUUGCUGCUUGGCCUUCUAGCAAGCCCAUUAUCACCGAUGCUAAGUCUACGGACUUGGCCUCUGUGCUGCUCCUGGCUAGUCUCCACAGCCGCAACAUCCAUGUGAUGAACGUGACUUCGAAGGAGGACAUUACCCUGAUCGCUCUGAGCAAGGAGAAAGGUCUCAAGGUGACAUGCGAUGUGUCUAUCUUCUCCCUCUUCUUCUCCAAGGAUGACUACCCCGAGUCCUUCUUGCCCUCCGCUGAGGACCAGAAGGCCUUGUGGGAGCACUUGAGCACCAUUGAUGUCUUCUCCAUCGGUAGCAUUCCCUUCCAGAUGGCUGGUGAUAAGGGCUCUGCUGUCGUUGGUGUCGCUGAGUCCUUGCCUCUGCUCUUCACCGCCGUUGCUGAGGGCCGCUUGACUAUCGAGGACAUCAUCGCUCGCCUUUACGAGAACCCUAAGAAGAUCUUCGAGAUCCACGACCAGGCUGACAGCUCGGUUGAGAUUGAGAUUGACCGCCCUUACACUUUCCAGAGUCCUCAUGGCUGGUCCCCCCUCAAUGGCAAGAAUGUCCGUGGUGCUGUGCAGCGUGUGACGUUCCAGGGCAAGACCUCUUGCCUCGAUGGCGCGCUCACCUCGGACGCCCCUAAGGGAGUUGACAUGUCUACUCACCGGAUUGCCCCUGCUUCCCCGUCUGUGAAGGCUAUGUCUCCCAUGGUUCGCGCUCGCCCGGAGAGUUCGUUUGACCGGAGACUCUCCGUCUCUGGCACUCCUCUGCGCCAAGCCCGUCGCGCUGCGGAACAGGCUGCUCCCGCGGUUGGUGAACUCGGCCCUCCCCUGUACACCCCCGUGCCUCAGGUCUCCUCUUCCUUGAUGGACAUGCUUUCCCGCUCUCCCUUCAAGCAGAAGCAUGUGCUUUCGGUGAAACAGUUCACUCGCGCCGAUCUGCACUUGCUCUUCACCGUGGCCCAGGAGAUGCGGUUGGGUGUUCAGCGCCAGGGUGUGCUCGACAUUCUCAAGGGUCGUCUGCUGACUACCUUGUUCUACGAGCCAUCUACCAGAACCUCCGCCUCUUUCGACGCUGCCAUGCAGCGCCUUGGUGGACGGACGAUUGCCAUCUCCACUGAGCACUCUUCCACCAAGAAGGGCGAGACCCUCCAGGAUACUCUGCGCACUCUUGCCUGCUACGGAGACGCUGUUGUUCUGCGUCACCCUGAUGCUAACAGCACUGAGAUUGCGGCUAAGUUCUCUCCCGUUCCUGUCAUCAACGGCGGAAACGGCAGUGUUGAGCACCCCACUCAGGCCUUCUUGGACCUCUUCACCAUCCGUGAGGAGCUUGGAACUGUCGGAGGCCUCACCAUCACCUUCACCGGUGAUCUGAGAUACGGCCGCACUGUCCACUCUCUGCUCAAGUUGCUCCAGUUCUACGACGUCCGGGUGCAGCUUGUUGCCCCCAAGGAGCUGUCUCUGCCCGAAGAGGUCCGCCAGCAGAUUGUUGCCUCUGGCCAGCUUGUCGUGGAGUCCGAGGAGUUGACCCCUGAGAUUGUCGCUCGCUCCGAUGUUCUGUAUUCGACCCGUGUCCAGAAGGAGCGCUUCGCGGAUCUCGAGCAGUACGAGCGCCUGAAGAACACCUUCGUCAUUGACAACGCUCUUCUCAAGCACGCCAAGAGCCAUAUGGUUGUCAUGCACCCCUUGCCUCGCAAUGCUGAGAUCUCGGAGGAGGUUGACUUCGACCAGCGGGCUGCUUACUUCCGCCAGAUGAGAUAUGGCCUCUACUGCCGCAUGGCUCUGCUUGCCUUGGUCAUGGCACCCUAG